AUGAAGAUUACAAGAAGAGUUUCAAUGAAAAUACAAGCAGUAGUUGCAAUGGCAGUUUUUAUGCUUUUUAUCGUGAAAAGCGUAAGCGCGUGUGAUGAAAAGGGCAAGCCAGCUGAUAAAGACGGGCUCAAGAAAGAAGACGGAAAGCCCAAGGACGGAAGCGCAAUUGACGGAGACUCUGAAGACGGCAAGGAUAAGAAGGAAAAAGACGCUGUCAAAGACCUGCUCAAAGAGGACGAGGCUAAGGCCAAGGAUGCUAAGGCUGAGGGCGCAGACAGCAAAGGAAAGGAGAGCAAUCCUUCCAUGUAA